ACGAAGCAAAAUCGUUCGUUCGCCCGUCGUUGUUUUUAUACCCGAAAUCGUAGCUGAAAUACACAAAAUUUAAAUUAAAAAAAGCCAGAAAAAUGCCUACCUACAACAUCAAAGUGAAAUGGGGCAAGGAGAACUACAGAGUCGACGUGAAUACGGACGAGGAUGUGAUGCUCUUCAAGGCCCAGCUCUUUGCGCUGACCGGCGUUCAACCGGAUCGGCAGAAAAUCGUGUGCAAAGGCGUCUCGCUGAAAGACGACGAAUGGAAUAUCGAGUUGAAAAACAACGCCGUUUGCCUGUUGCUCGGCACAAAGGAGGAAUUACAAACGGAGCCCGUGGAAAAAGUCAAGUUUAUCGAGGACAUGAACGAAAGUGAGUUGGCGACAGCGAUGGAUUUGCCCGCCGGCCUCACAAAUUUGGGCAAUACGUGUUACAUGAAUGCCACGGUGCAGUGUUUGCGUGCCGUACCUGAGCUCCGCGACGCCCUCAAGACGUACCGCGACGACAUGUCGCUCGCUGCGGCGCAAUCUAUCACGCUUGCCCUCAAAGGCGCCUUCGAGCAAAUGGAGAAAAGUAGCACGGUGACGCCAAUUUUGCUCUUGCAAACGCUUCACAUGGCAUUUCCGCAGUUUGCGGCAGCGGGAGAAAAUGGCGCUUAUCGUCAGCAGGACGCCAACGAAUGUCUCACGGAAAUGAUGAAGAUGCUGCAACAAAAAUUGCCUGUCGCACCGGGUCCUGGGUCCAGCAAAUACAAUUCCUUCAUCGAUCAGUACUUUGGGGGAUCGUUCGAUGUCGAGAUGAAAUGCGUGGAAGCGGAAGACGAGCCCGUUUCAAAGUCAAAAGAGAAUUUUUUGCAACUCAGUUGCUUCAUUUCGCCCGAAGUCAAGUACAUGCACAGCGGUUUGCAGUCCCGCUUGAAGGAACAACUCACGAAAAUGUCGUCGACACUGGGCCGCGAUGCCGUUUACACAAAAUCUUCGUUAAUUAGUCGUCUGCCUGCCUAUUUGACGGUGCAAUUUGUGCGUUUUCAGUACAAGGCAAAGGACGCCAUUAACGCGAAAAUCUUGAAAGACAUCAAAUUUACGAUGGAAUUUGACGCUUUUGAGCUCUGUUCGCCCGAAUUGCAGCAAAAAUUGACGCCGGCACGCGAAAAAUUCAAGGAGAUCGAGGAUGCCAACAUGGAAAAAGCGGCAAAACUCAAGGAUACCCGAAGCACGGGCGAUACGAAGGAGAAGACGAAACAACUGCCAUACUGGUUCGAGGAUGAUUUGGGCAGCAAUAAUAGUGGUUAUUAUCAACUUGAGGCAGUUUUGACGCAUCAAGGACGUUCGAGUAGUUCGGGACAUUAUGUUGGUUGGGCGCGUCAAAAGGGCGACGUUUGGGCGAAAUUUGACGAUGACACGGUGUCGCAAGUGACUUCCGAGGAUAUUUUGCGGUUGUCGGGCGGAGGCGAUUGGCAUUGUGCGUAUGUCUUGAUUUACGGACCUAAACCGCUGGAAGUGCCCGCUGACGUGGAGGAAGUUGAACCAAUGGCGACGGAAUAAAAAAUAUCGAUGAUGAAAAAUAAAAAAAAAAUUAAAAUUAACUCUUUCUAUAUGCUUAAAAUUUAAAAAAUGAGAAAAAAUAAAUUAAUAAUUCAAGAAUUUUUUUUUUA